UCCAAAUUCCAAACGGUCUACACGAUGGAAAAGUCCCCUGGUAAACUAGUGCGAAACGAAGAUUAGAUCGAAAGGAAAACAAAGAUAGGUGGCGACCCGCACUUGACUUUAAUUAACACUCCUAUCCUCCGCAUUCCUCGCUCUCUCAUUCUCUUCCAUUAAUUAAGAUCUUCCUCUUCGUCCUUCAGUUCCUUCACAAAACACAGAAACAGAUCUCUCUUUCGGCUCCUACACAACAGCAUUUGGGAGUUGUGACUUGUUAAAAGUUGCAUUGCCUUUGGACGAAGGGGAACUAGGAAUAAAAUGAGGUAAAAUGCAUGAUUUUGUUGGCGAUCAUGGAGAAAUUAAACAGUCAUUCAGCAGUGGUUGUCUUGAAGAGUACCUAGAACAGCCAAUGUGUGUCUUUAAGUAAAAAUCACAUGCAAGAGCUUAACAACGAACGUGUUCGCCCUCAGAAUUCUGAUUCAAUAAACAGGCAUGAUGCUGAGGCACAUCUUGCUCCUAGGAAGUUGAAAACCAAUGGCAAUCUCAAUUAUUUUGAAGACAGAGAGGCAAUGGAGCUUCAUUUACGAUUAAGAGCACAAAAGGAGGAGAUCCAGAUUCUUCAUGGACAAAUUACUGCUGCCUGUUUGAGGGAGCUUCAGUUGCUUGAUGAGAAAUAUAUUUUGGAGAGGAAAUUUUCAUACUUAAGAAUGGCUAUUGAUGAGAAGCAAACUGAAGCAAUUACUUCUGCUUCAAAUGAGUUGGUUCGCAGAAAAGGCGAUCUAGAAGAAAAUUUACAAUUGACCCAUGAUUUGAAGGUUGUGGAUGAUGAUAGAUAUAUUUUCGUUUCAUCCUUGCUUGGCUUAUUGGCUGAAUAUGGAAUCCGGCCCCAUGUUGUAAAUGCCUCUGCUAUUUCUAACAGUGUAAAGCUCCUGCAUGAUCAAUUGCAGUGGAAGAUUAGAACUUCACAUGUAAGCUAUGAGGAUAUAAUCAGAGAGAUAGCAUCUGUGCUGGGCUCUAAAAAUGGAAGCAGUUCUCAUGAUAUAGACAAUCCUGUUGCUGGCAUCUUGACGGGUCAAACAACUCAUCGAUCCACGGUAUUACUGGGUCACCAUGGGACUUCUGCUUCUAAUAACCAUAUAGCUGAACAGCAUCUGGAACUGAAUGACAAUAUACCAAGAUUUGUACAUGAGACAAAUCUUGCUGAUAAAUCAAGUUUAUCACUUCAUAAUGGGAUGCACCAGCUAUUAAAUAACAACAAUUUCCCAGAGUUCUCAUUUGAUCAAGACAGGAAGGUAGCUGGCCCUCUUUCCAAUAGUUUAUUUGGAAAAAGUGAUAUGAAUGCGAGAGCAGGAGAGAUGGCCAAUGAUGUGCCCUAUCCUUCCAGCAUGAAUGAUGAGAUUGCUUCCUCUGUUUCAGAUGAUCUCCCUGGCAUUGACGGUUUCCAGAUUAUCGGUGAUGCUACUCCUGGAGAAAAACUCCUUGGAUGUGGAUUCCCUGUCCGUGGAACUUCUCUUUGCAUGUUUCAGUGGGUUCAUCAUCUUGAGGAUGGCACUAGGCAGUACAUUGAAGGAGCAACAAAUCCAGAAUAUAUUGUCACGGCUGAUGAUGUUGAUAAGUUGAUUGCUGUCGAGUGUAUACCUAUGGAUGACCAAGGCCGCCAGGGGGAACUGGUGAGGCUUUUUGCUAAUGAUCAGAACAAAAUAAAAUGUGACCCAGAUAUGCAACGGGAGAUUGAUACUUAUAUUUCUAAGGGUGAAGCCACAUUUAGUGUUCUAUUGCUGACGGACUCUUCUGAAAAUUGGGAUUCAACAACUCUAGUUUUGCGACGUUCUGGGUACCAAAUUAAGAGCAACGGAAGGGGAAAUGUAGUUAUUGCGGAGAAAUUUUCAAAGGAUUUAUCUAUAAAAAUCCCUGCUGGACUCUCAACGCAAUUUGUUUUAACAUGUUCCAAUGGAUCUUCUCAUCCUCUCAGUACAUAUGAUGUUCGAAUGCGAGACACUCUUGUGUUGGCAAUGAGAAUGUUUCAGAGCAAGGCAUUGGAUGACAAGAGAAAAGGUAGAGCUUAGAGCCGUAGAUCCCUUCAUAUUUCAGUAAAAUAUUCCUAGUUAAUAUUCAUUCACACAGAAUACAAGGAGAAUAAAUCUGCAGGGAGGUUUGCUAAUUUAUGCUUGAUUUACUAUACCAAAACUCUUCUUUCUAUUUUCUUUGUGCCUUAUAUUGUGGUUCAAAUCAUUUUUAGACAGUGAAUCACGUGUAUAUGAAACAUAUAGACAACAAAUGUAUAACAAUAAAUGUAUUUUUGUCUAGUGUUGUCUGAUGAUUGCCACACACAUGUAGCAUAAAUUGUCAGGUUGCUACGAUCAAAUUGCUUUCACAA